AAAAAAAAAAUGACUGUAUGGAGCAGCAGACAGAGGGAGGAGUGAUUCAACGCUUUAUUUCCCUGAGUUUCUCAGCCAAACAUUACAAGUGUUUAUAACCUCCUUCUUCUUCUCCCACAUUCUUUCUUCUCGGCUCCUCUACCUUGAGCCCCGCCUCGGGCCUGAAGCAGCAGCACACCUGGAGCCCGGUGCGGCGGCGGCGGCGGCAGGUAAAGGUGCUUCGUUGGCGUGUGGAGGAGACGAAGACUGGGCGGAGGCUGUGGUGGUUUUAGUGGAGGCUCCGUGACUUUGAAAAAGAGGAGCUGGCAGCAUGGGUGAGGCACCAGCCAGAGAAGAUGGCACAGUCAUCACACGAUCAGCAGAGUAUGUGGGCUCAUUUCCUGUGGAUGACUGUUGUUUGGAUGACCAGAUAGAGCAACUGCACACACAACUAAAGGCUCUUAAAAAAUGCAAAAGAAGGAGGCCUGUAUCCAUAAAAUUCUCCAUCAAAGGUGUGAAAAUGUAUAAUGAGGAUGAAACAACGCUGCUGAUGGCUCAUGCUCUGCGUAGAGUCUCACUAUCCACUGCCAGGCCGUCCGAUGCCCAGUUCGCCUUCGUCUCCCAUAACCCAGGAAGUCCUGAUGCCCAGCUGUACUGCCACGUCUUCAAAGCACGACACGCCAGAGCGGCACAGUUCCUGAACCUGGUGCUUUGCCGCUGUUUCCAGCUGUACUACUUAGAGAGGCACCCAGAGGAGGCUCAGGGAGACACAGUUGGCUCACUGCCUCGUCGCAACCCCUCACUGCUCAACCACGGCUUCCCUCUCAGCGUCAGCGCAUUGGUGUCUUUCAGAAGAGCACCUUUUAGGGGGUUGUUGCCUGGGACUAAGAAAAGCCGCAAGUCUUCUGAAGAACAGCUCAGCAGCCAAGAUGAAGUCUUCCCCACCUCCUCUCCCUCUUUAGUGCGCAAGAAAGCCAUCCGCAACAAAGUCCUGCGCUCUGGAGCUUACCGCUCCUUCACUUUCACACCGCUCAAACAGCGAAAUGUUCAGGAGAAACUGAGUGCGUCACAAGCAAAGGAACAAGACACUUCACUGAAAAAGAGAUCUCGAGCUCUGAGCUUGGCCGAGACAGAAGAAGCUCUGGCUCAGGCAGUGUGGUGUUGGGCUGGUAUCGCAGCUGACAGCAGCUAUUCCUUGCUCGCGGAUGAUGUUCUGGGGUCGUACCUUCUAUGUCCACAUCCUAAGAAACCCAAAUGUGGCUCUCUUAUUGUCCGAUUCCCCUCUGGCCUGGUCACCCACCUCAUAGAAAACACUCGCAAAGGAAAGUUUCUGCUUGAGAAAUGUAAGACUGAAUUCAGUUCUAUAGCAGAACUGAUUGAACACUUCACAGAGUUCUACGGUGAGCUGCCGUGUCUGUUGAGCUGUGCCCGGGUCAAUCACUGCUAUGAGUGGGAGGAAAACACCAAAGAACAUCAGGCUGUGAAGCCAUUCAAGAGCUUGGGCAAAGCCAAAACUAAAAGUACCCGCAGAAAGGACUGGAUUUAAGACUCAGAUGGGCCAACGUUGGCGAAUCCAAACUAAGCAACAUUUUUUUCUUUUGCACAUUAACCUCCUAUUUCAAAAUCACUUAUGGUGUUUGGGCCUGCUUAACAAACCGUAUAACACAAUGAAACAAAAUGUUAGUUAAGUUUGGCACUUAAUGUUCACAAGCCUUUUCCUCUGAGGGUACUUAUCAAAGAUGCAAUCUUUUGUAACUGCUGCUUUUAUAUUUCAAAUAUAAUUUUUUAUAUCUUUAUUUGUGCCUUUAAGGCAGUAGUAUUUAUUAGACAUGCAACAAACAGCCUUAGAAAGUGCUGGAGUGUAAAUGAUCUUGGGCUGUUGCACCCGAUGGCAAAGCCAUUACUUUUCUAGUCUUGCAUUGUAAACAUGACGCACAAAUUUGUCUUCACAGAUGUUAUUCUGUCCUUGAGAGAUUGUUAGCUGUAACAUUUUCUAGUAGUUAUUUUCUAUCUUUAAACUUUGAGUAUUAGCAGGCUUAUAACAGCUUUUUUUAAAAAAGGGUUAAACAUUAGAUUUCGUCAAGAUUUUUAAGUUCCAAAGCUAAACUAAUCAGCUGGUAGAUAGACUAGCCCAUGUGUGACUUUAUUUAAUCUGGAAAUAUUUUGUACUGUUCAGCAAACCUGAUUUUAACAGUUGUUUGAAACCAGGUUUUUGGAUUUGUCUUAUCUUAAGAUUGUCUAUGAUAUUUUUACUGGUACAUAUGAGCUCCAUCUUUUCUAGUUGAGGCAAACUCUUUAUUUCCAAUAUUGUUUAUCCAUGUAUGAGAUUAAAUGACUUGUGUGUUCUUAUAUGAACCCACACUCUGCUUCA